AUAGACUCAGUCUGUCCGUUUCUUCCCAUGUUGCUGCCUUCAACUGUAACUACAGGGAGGCUAUAACUCAUGCUCCAGAUUCCCUGGCCAGGGGAAGGCCUAGAAGUCCUUUUUGAUUAUCCUCGGACCAUGUGUGGCUACUUCCUUGACCCCUACGUGGAAGAUCAGGAACGGGCAGUAGUCUGAGGGCCGCACCAAGCUGAAAAGUGUCCUGGAGACGUCUGUAACCCAGGCUCCAGGAGACACCAGACACCCCUACGGUCUGGGCCUGGUCGACAUAUUGGGCCUUCUGUUCAUCUUACAAGGGAAACACCUACAACUAUAAUGAGUAAACCUUUGCCCCUGUCAUCUUGACAGUGAGUGAAAGUUUUGCUUCCUUAAUUCUCAUCAAUAUUAGCAGAAUUCUCAGUGGCUGUUCCCUCAGCGGUGCCAGCUUGUGAGCCCGAGCCCAAAACUAACGGGCAUCAUUCAUCUUCACAAUUCACUGUUUCCUCACGAGCCACUAUUUUUGCUGCCAUGGAAGCCCCUCCUCAAGGUCUGCAGACAGUCAUGAGUUGGAAAACAGUGAUGGUCGUCUUUGUCGUGGUGUUAGUUUAUCUGGUGACGGGAGGACUCGUCUUCCAUUCCCUGGAGCAGCCCUUUGAAAGUAUGCAGAAGAACACAAUCGCGCUAGAGAAGGCUGACUUUCUUCGGGAGCACACGUGUGUAAAUGAGAUAGAGCUGGAGACACUGAUUCAGCAUGCUGUUGAUGCUGAUAAUGCAGGAGUCAGUCCUGUAGGACCUUCCUCUAACACCAGCAGUCAUUGGGACCUUGGAGGUGCCUUUUUCUUUGCUGGAACAGUCAUCACAACUAUAGGGUAUGGGAAGAUGGCCCCAAGCACUGUUGGAGGCAAGGUUUUCUGCAUCCUGUAUGCCAUUUUUGGGAUUCCACUGUUUGGCUUCUUGCUGGCUGGGAUUGGAGAUCAACUUGGAACCAUCUUUGGGAAGGGUAUUGCAAGGGUGGAAAAAGUUUUCAGAAAAAAGCAAGUGAGUCAAACAAAGAUCCGGGUGAUCUCUACUAUCCUCUUCAUCCUGGCAGGCUGCAUUGUCUUUGUGACAAUUCCAGCAGUCAUCUUCAAACACAUCGAGGGAUGGACAGCGCUGGAGUCCAUCUACUUUGUGGUUGUUACUCUGACUACCAUUGGCUUUGGUGACUUUGUAGCAGGAGGAAAUGCUGACAUACAUUACCGAGAGUGGUAUAAACCCUUAGUGUGGUUCUGGAUUCUUGUCGGCCUUGCCUACUUUGCUGCUGUCCUGAGUAUGAUUGGAGACUGGUUAAGAGUCCUGUCCAAGAAGACACAAGAAGAGGUUGGAGAAAUAAAAGCCCACGCAGCGGAGUGGAAAGCAAAUGUGACGGCUGAGUUCAGAGAGACACGGAGGAGGCUCAGUGUGGAGAUCCAUGACAAACUUCAACGGGCAGCCACCAUCCGGAGCAUGGAGCGCAGACGCCUGGGCCUGGACCAGCGAGCCCACUCCUUAGACAUGCUCUCUCCAGAGAAGCGCUCUGUCUUUGCUACCUUGGAAACAGGGCGCUUCAAGGCCUCCUCUCAGGAAAGCAUCAACAACAGGCCUAACAACCUGCGCCUUAAAGGGCCAGAUCAGCUUAACAAGCACGGGCAGGGGGCAUCCGAGGACAACAUCAUUAACAAGUUUGGAUCAUCCGCUAAGAUGACCAAAAGGAAAAACAAAGACCUCAAAAAGACCAUCCCUGAGGAUGUGCGUAAAAUUUAUGAGACCUUCAGAAACUGUUCUUUGGAUGAAGAAAAAAAGGAAGAGGAGACAGAGAAGAUGUGUAAUUCCGAGAUCUCUUCUAGCACUGCAGUCCUGACCAACUGUAUCCAGCAGCACUCAGACCUGGAAAAUGGAGUGAUUCCCAAUGAAACCAAAGAAAGGGAACAUGAAAACAAAGCGUUACUUGAAGACAAAAAUUAAAUAUAAAAGAUGCUUGACUUGAAUUAACAAUAUUAGUGAUUUUAUAUGUAUAUAUAUAUUGAGACACGUGCCUUAUACAGACUCCUUAUUCAAUUUGAAUUAUAUAGCAUCGAGGAAUAUUUCACUGUGCCAUAAAGACUCAAGCUUCCUCUGCCAAAACAAACCAGGAACACAGCACUGCAGAAUGGCAACAGAAAGCUACGCACAUGGAAAUUUCAGCCUGUAUAAGAUUACCAGGGCAAGACACAAGGGAAGAAAUUGAACCACGGCAAUAUCAUCAGAGUGCUCCUGCCAUGGCGUGUUAGACAAAGGGCAGCUAUGUAAGAAGAGCCUGUGAAAGGGAUGAAAAAGGGUAUAUCUUUGUAGGGGAUUAUGCAUCCAUAAAGCCUUCCCCUGGUGAUAAAAAAGAGGAGAAAUGAUUGGAGUGAACUAAAAACUCUCAGUAAGGCUUAGUUUACGUUUUGGCACGUGAUCCAAGCUAGUUAUUUUUUUCCUUUUUUUUUGAGUCAGAUGCAUUACCUUUCUAAACUCCAAAAGAAUGUCUAUGGACACAACCACCAGCUGGGUGCUGGUUUGAAAAAUCAACACAGAUGUGUGUAAGGGUUGGAUUACUCUUUUCAUUAAAAAAAAAAAGAAAAGAAAAA